AUGCUGAUGGACGCCUACCGCGAAGAACGCCCUGGAAUCCGCAUCGCCUAUAGAACGAACGGUCAUCUUCUGAAUCACCGGCGCAUGAACUUCCAAUCGCGUGUAUCCACAGCCACCGUGCAAGAACUCCUCUUCGCCGACGACUGCGCCCUGAACACCACCUCGGAAGAGGAGAUGCAACGGAGCAUGGACCUAUUCGCCGCCGCCUGCGAGAACUUUGGGCUGGUUAUCAACACGCAGAAGACAGUGGUGAUGCAUCAGCCGCCUCCCAACUCAGCCACAGGCCCCUACGCGUCGCCGCAAAUCAACGUGAAUGGGACUCAACUGCAAGUGGUAGAGAACUUCCCGUACCUGGGCAGCACGCUCUCCCGCAACACCAAGAUCGACGACGAAGUCGCCAACAGGAUCUCGAAAGCCAGUCAAGCCUUCGGUCGCCUCCAAAGCACAGUUUGGAAUCGUCAUGGUCUCCAACUGAGCACAAAGCUGAAGAUGUACAAGGCCGUCAUCCUGCCGACACUACUGUACGGAGCGGUGUCCUGGACGGUGUACACGAGGCAGGCACGUCGACUAAACCGCUUCCAACUCAGGUGUCUCCGCCGCAUCCUGAGCCUGAACUGGCAGGAUCGAAUCCCCGACACGGAAGUACUGGAACGGACGGGAAUUCUGAGCAUCUACUCCAUGUUGAGACAAAUGCAGCUGCGCUGGAGCGGCCAUCUGCUGCGCAUGGACGACGAGCGACUACCCAAACGACUCUUCUACGGAGACGUCGCGACGGGUUCUCGUCGUCAAGGCGGCCAAAUUCGCCGUUACAAGGAUACUCUGAAGUCCUCCCUGAAGCGCCUGCAAAUCAACCCGACCAACUGGGAAGAGCUCGCCCGCGAUUGCCCGACAUGGAGGAGAACAGUGAAGACGGGCGCUGCUAUCUACGAAGCCAACCGCAUCGCCGCCGCCAAAGUGAAAAGCGAAGUCCGCAAAUCACAACUUCGCCCAAGACGCAACGCCGCCGCACAACCUCUCCCUACGUGUCCUCGAUGUCAACGGACAUUCCGGGCACGAAUCGGACUUGUUGGACAUCUUCGAACCAACUGCGCCUGUCGAACUGCUCCAGCCAUCGUCCCCCAGCCCGCCUCUUCCUCGUCCUCUGUGCCGCAAAAUAACUCUGACACUCCGUCUGCACCACCACUUCCAUCCUCCUCCUUCUCCUCCACUUCCCCAGCGGUGGCCGUUCAGGCUGCCGGCUCACACAUCGCCAACCACGACACAGCAACCGCAACCACCCCCACCCCUCCCGAUUCCAGUGAUGAGAAUCAGGACUACACCUGCCCUCACUGCGACCGCACCUUCACCUCACACAUCGGCCUGGUCGGUCACUUGCGAAUCCAUCGCACAGAGACUGGCGAACCAGUGCCUGGAGCACCAACCUACACCCACCGCACUCGUCUCCACUGCCCACAAUGCCCUCGUACCUUCACUCAUCGCAUGGGUCUAUUCGGCCACAUGCGCAUCCACGAGAGCGGAAUUGACCACAAUUCCGAUACAGCCACGACAUACAACACAUCCACUACGCUCAGACCCAUCCUCGCUCCACCGUCACACGCGCCGACCACCACCACCAACACCACUGCUUCCUCUACAGCUGACACCGACACCGCCAACCUCUCAUGCCCACAUUGUCCACGCACCUUCACCUCACACAUCGGCCUGGUCGGUCACUUGCGAAUCAAUCGCACAGAGACUGGCGAACCGGUGCCUGGAGCACCAACCUACACCCACCGCACUCGCCUCCACUGUCCACACUGCCCUCGCACCUUCACGCAUCGCAUGGGUCUAUUCGGCCACAUGCGCAUCCACGACGACCUGCGGUAG